AUGCGUACCCCUAUCUCUCACACUUCCCUCUCUCUCUCUAUCUCUCUCACUCUCUCUCAUUCCCUUCCUAUCUCUCUCUCUCUCUAUCUCUCUCACUCUCUCUAUCUAUCUAUAUCAUUCCCUCUCUAUCUCUCUCUAUCUCUCUCUCACUCUCUCUCUCUAUCUCUCAUACACACAUGCGUACCAUCUCUCCACUAUCUAUCUAUCUAUCUAUCUAUCUAUCUAUCUAUCUAUCUAUCUAUCUAUCUAUCUAUCUCCUUCCUAUCUCUCUCUCCUUUGAUCUAUCUAUCUAUCUAUCUAUCUAUCUAUCUAUCUAUCUAUCUAUCUCACUCUCCUUCCUAUCUCUCUCUCCUUCCCAUCUCUCUCUCCCUCCUUCCUUCCUAUCUAUCUAUCUAUCUAUCUAUCUAUCUAUCUAUCUAUCUAUCUAUCUAUAUCACUCUCCUUCCUAUCUCUCUCUCCUUCCUAUCAAUCUAUCUCUCUCUACUCCCUAUCCAUCAUCCAUCUCUCUAUCUAUCUUAUCAAUCUCUCUCUCUCUCUAACUUAUCCACCUCUCUCUCUAUCUCUCUCUUAUCCAUCUCUCUCUCUCUCCCCUAUCCAGCCUGCGUCUCUCUUUCGAUCUCUCUCUCUCAUCCUCUAUCUCUUUCUCAUCCUCUCUCUCAUCCUCGAUCUCACUCUCUCUCGCUCUCACUCUUUCUCGCUCUCAUACUCUCCCUCUCGCUCUCUCUCUCUCUCAUCCUCGCUCUCUCAUCCUUUCACUCUCUCUUUCAUCCUCUCACUCUCUCAUCCACUUUCUCAUCAUCUUAUCCUAUUUCUCAAUUUCUCUCUGGUUUUCAUCUUCUCUCACUCGUUCUCAUCUCUCUCUCAUUAUCUCUCGCUCUCAUUAUAUCUAGCUCUCUCUCUCUCAUCCUCUCUCUCUUAUCCUCUCUCUCUGGCUCUCGCUCUUACCCUCUUUCGCAUUCCCUAUCUCUCACUCUCGUUCUCUCUCUCUAUCGCCUUCUCUCCCUCUCUCACCCUCACGGUCUCUCGCUCUCGCUGUCUAUCACGCACACAGGUCCAACAAUAUACGAAUUCUUUUAUGGUAUAUCUUUCGAACAGGGUUCUUGUACCUCUUCUUCUUUUUCUACCUCUUCUUCUCCUGUUUCUACCUCUUCUUUUUCUAUCUCUUUUUUUCUACUACUUUUUUCUACUUCUUUUUCUACCUCUUCUUCUUUUUCUACCUCUUCUUUUUUCUACUCUUCUUCUUCUACCUCUUCUUUUUUACCUCUUCCUUUUUUCUACUUCUUUUUUUUCUACCUCUUUUUCUACCUCUUCUUUUUUUCUACCUUUUCUUUAUUUCUACCUCUUCUUUUUUUUACCUCUUCUUCCUAUACUACUUCUCAUUUUCUUCAUGUCAUUACCACCAUAUUUCUACCUCUGGGUGAGGAAAGGCUCAGUCGUAAAGACAGUUCAUAUCUCGCGAAGAAGCAGGUUAUUCCACUGUUUAUUUUCCUUUUCUUAUUUCUUUUUCUUCUCUUCUUUCCUCUUUACUCUUCUCUUUUCUCACUUUUCUUUCUUUCUCUUAUUUCUCUUUUCUUUCUCUUUUUCUCUUUCUCUUCUCUCCUCCUCUUUAUCUUUUUCUUUCUCACCUCCUAUUUUUCUCCUCUUUCUCUUCUCUUUCUCUUCUCUUUCUCUCCUCCUCCUCUCUUUCUCUCCUCCUCUUCUCUUUCUCUUCUUCUCUUCACUUUCUCUCUUCCUCUUCACUUCUCUUUCUCUCCUCCUCUUCAUUUCUCUUUGCUUCUUUUCUCACUCAUUAAGCCUUCUUUCACUCACUUUUCCAUGUUCUCCCCAUAA